AUGUGUGUGGCUGAUGGGGGGGUUGCUGGUACCGAUGCUGCUGGCACGGAUUCUGCUGGUACGGGUGGUGCUGGAUUGGAUGAACAUGAAGGGGUGCUGCAGAAGCAGAGAAACGGUGCAGUACUUAACACGCCGGCAGCAGCAGCAUUACCAUCAUUAUCAGCAGCAGCAGCAGCAGCAGCAGCAGCAGCUGCAGCAUCUGCAAUAGCAUCAGCUGGAGUCGGAUAUGGAGGAGUGGGGUAUGGUGCAGCAGGAACAGUGCCUGGUGGGGGAUUGGGAACGGGGGAGCAGCAGCAGCAGCAGCAGCAGCCAAGUUACAUACCAGACGGGGCCAAGUCAGUGAAGUGCAGGAAGAAGAUCGUGCUCUCUCUUGCUGUUUCCAACGGUCAUACGCUAGGCACGGAGGCCAUAGAGGCAGUUCUAACGCGCGUGAGUGACAGCACAGGUGCUGCUGCUGGAAGAGCCGCAGAUAGCAGCAAGGGAAAUAAUGGCGCCAAGGGAGGGAACGGUGGAGGAAGGGGAGACGACAGCAGCGCGGAAGGAAUCAGCAGUGAGGGAGGAAACAACAGCGAGGGAGGGAACAGCGGAGGCGGGAAUGGCACAGUGGCAGGAGGGGGAGGAGCAGGAGGAGGGGGAGGGAAGGGAGAAGGAGUGGAGAGGCGGUUAGCAGACCCUGUGAAGAUCACGGUGGUGAAGACGCCUGUCUAUGCCGUGUACCCACUCACCUUCCUGCAGUCCUUCAAUGGCCGGCCGUACGAGGUGGUGGUGACUACAAUGGGGUGCAGGGACGGUGCCUAUGACAGCGACCCCACGUGCGGCUGGUUCCUCUAUCCCGAUGGCACAAGAGUGCCCAACAGUCAGGGAUUCUGCUGCAGUUGCAGUGGUGGUGACACGUGGAAGGACUCCAUUGGUCUGGACAAUCCGCAGCAGUUCAGGGCUGACCUGGACUGCAGCCUGUGGCGGCAGAAGCUGUUCUUUGGAGGAGUGCCCUCCAGCUCUCACUGCCUUCGAUUCAACGACACCUGGUACCCCACGUACCGCAUAGGCGUGGCAUCUCUGGUGUUUCAGAUCCAGAUCACCAUCAGCAAGCUUCUCUCGGACAUGCACGAGCAGGAAACGCUCAUCCUUUCGCCCAUGGCUCCAGUCGCAGUGAACCCCUCUCAAUCGCUCUCAGCCACUCUGGUGGGCGACUUCCUGACCUACACGCAGCUGCCCAACCUGAGUGACCGCCUUCUGUCCGUGCCCCUGCAACCUGGUUCUCCUACGUUUGGUCGAUUCACCUCCGACACGUCAGGCUGGCUGCUAGUGGACAAGGAACGCUACUCGCUGGAUGGCAGCGAGUGCAACAAGGUCGGCACCAGCUUCAGUGCCUUCCGCUUCGAGCCCGACCGCUGCCAGCGCUCCGUGGGCUCCUGCCUCUCCAACCAGCUGCUGGAUUUCGCCCAGGAGGACGCCCAGCGAGUGGCACAGGGCCUAGACCCCAUCCACGCGCUGUCGUCGCUGGGACCCAUCACCACCCUGGAAAGUCCCAACGGCUCUCUCAGCAUCGCCCUGGUGGUGACUCAACGACUCAACUCGCUCAUCACCCUCGAGAUUGCUGCUGAUGACGUCACCUUCAUCAAGAACAGGAGCCCCGGUCGCAUAGUGUCAGUGUUGGCGCCGCUGUUUGAAGCCAUGUCCAGUGAGGGCAGAGUGGACAUUCGGAUUGCCAACAAUGGCUCCCUUGACGCGGACUUCACUCUUACGAUUCAGAAUUGCUCCUCUGGAGUUCUCCCUAUACCAGCACAGGAGCGCAGCAUUGCAGCGGGCGCAACAACCAGCUUCACGUUUCUGCUGCAGCUUCAGGACUCCCUCGCCUCCCAGCGAUCCUGCCUUGUGGUCCUAUAUGACGCCAUCUCAUCAGUCGCUGACGUGGCGCCCCUCGCGUUCACCACCAAUGCCACGGUGGACAACCUUUCGCCUGCCCUUCAUUCUUCAACAUGGCCUGCUUUGUCACUCACGCCUGCUGGGGUCGCUUCGCAGGAGCCAUUGCAGUCAUUCUCAUCAUCCUCGCAGCUCUUAUCACCUUAG